GAACUUUAUUCCUUCUUACAUUCCUGACAGAAAAUGGCCACUACUAUUGCAUAUGCAGACGGCGCUAUCGACCACAGGGGCGGCAAUGACUAUACUGGCGUCGGCAUCUUUUUCGGCAGGGAUGAUCCGCGCAACUUUGCGGGCAAGCUUGCCAACGGCCCGCAGACGAUCCAGCGCGCCGAGCUGGCCGCGGUUGCCAAGGCACUUGAGCUCGCACAGACCCAGCCUGGCGAGCAUGUGCAGGUCCGCACCGACUCUGAGUACGCCAUCAAUGCCAUCAACGACGUGCGCAAGGGAGCGCAGCCGCCUAGCAACUCCGAGCUGGUCAAGCAGAUUGUACAGGCCACUAGCAGCAACACCCACAUCAUGCUCGCUGGUAAAGACGAAGCCGGAAACAAGGUAGCUGAUAGUCUUGCCAGGCAGGCCGCGGCUUUGGCUGGGUGACUGUAUAUCUAGCUUUUUCUACGACCCUCUAUAUAUCUCUAAAUACCAGAAACGCUCCUCUUGGAUAUUGUUCCAAUACGACUGAUUUGGUAUUGAUGGUGGCUAAGCCGUGGAAUGGGGGGCAUGUACGCCUCUUCCAGGCUGCAGCACCGUCCGGUUACUCAA